AGCUCAGGAGCCAUGGGGCGCCGGGCCUGGGUCCCCAGCCCCUGCCCCCUACCGGGGCUGGGCCCCUUCCUCCUCCUCCUGCUGCUGCUGCUGCUGCCACAGGGGUUCCAGCCCCAGCCUGGCGGGAACCAUACGGAGUCCCCAGAACCUAAUGCCACAACGACCCCUGCGAUCCCCACUAUCCUGCUGACCUCUGUGACCUCUGAGACCCCAGCAACAAGUGCUCCAGAGGCAGAGGGACCCCAAAGUGGGGGGCUCCCGCCCCCGCCCAGGGCAGUUCCCUCGAGCAGUAGCCCCCAGGCCCAAGCACUCACCGAGGACGGGAGGCCCUGCAGGUUCCCCUUCCGCUACGGGGGCCGCAUGCUCCACGCCUGCACUUCGGAGGGCAGUGCCCACAGGAAGUGGUGUGCCACAACUCACAACUACGACCGGGACAGGGCCUGGGGCUACUGUGUGGAGGCCACCCCGCCUCCAGGGGGCCCAGCUGCCCUGGAUCCCUGUGCCUCCGGCCCCUGCCUCAAUGGAGGCUCCUGCUCCAAUACCCAGGACCCCCAGUCCUACCACUGCAGCUGCCCCCGGGCCUUCACCGGCAAGGACUGUGGCACGGAGAAAUGCUUUGAUGAGACCCGCUACGAGUACCUGGAGGGGGGCGACCGCUGGGCCCGCGUGCGCCAGGGCCACGUGGAACAGUGCGAGUGCUUGGGGGGCCGGGCUCGGUGCGAAGGCACCCGACAUACAGCUUGUCUGAGCAGCCCUUGCCUGAACGGGGGCACCUGCCACCUGAUCGUGGCCACCGGGACCACCGUGUGUGCCUGCCCACCAGGCUUCGCCGGGCGGCUCUGCAACAUCGUGCCCGAUGAGCGCUGCUUCUUGGGGAACGGCACUGGGUACCGUGGCGUGGCCAGCACCUCAGCCUCGGGCCUCAGCUGCCUGGCCUGGAACUCCGAUCUGCUCUACCAGGAGCUGCAUGUGGACUCAGUGGGCACCGCGGCCCUGCUGGGCCUAGGCCCCCACGCCUACUGCCGGAAUCCGGACAAUGACGAGAGGCCCUGGUGCUACGUGGUGAAGGACAGCGCGCUCUCCUGGGAGUACUGCCGCCUGGAGGCCUGCGAAUCCCUCACCAGAGUCCAACUGUCACCGGAUCUCCUGGCGACCCUGCCUGAGCCAGCCUCCCCGGGGCGCCAGGCCUGUGGCAGGAGGCACAAGAAGAGGACGUUCCUGAGGCCACGCAUCAUUGGCGGCUCCUCCUCGCUGCCCGGCUCGCACCCCUGGCUGGCCGCCAUCUACAUCGGGGACAGCUUCUGCGCCGGGAGCCUGGUCCACACCUGCUGGGUGGUGUCGGCUGCCCACUGCUUUUCCCACAGCCCCCCCAGGGAAAGCGUCUCCGUGGUGCUGGGCCAGCACUUCUUCAACCGCACAACGGACGUGACGCAGACCUUCGGCAUCGAGAAGUACAUCCCGUACACCCUGUACUCAGUGUUCAACCCCAGCGACCAUGACCUCGUCCUGAUCCGGCUGAAGAAGAAAGGGGACCGCUGUGCCACACGCUCGCAGUUCGUACAGCCCAUCUGCCUGCCUGAGCCCGGCAGCACCUUCCCUGCCGGACACAAGUGCCAGAUUGCGGGGUGGGGCCACUUGGACGAGAACGUGAGCGGCUACUCCAGCUCCCUGCGGGAGGCCCUGGUCCCCCUGGUCGCCGACCACAAGUGCAGCAGCCCUGAGGUCUACGGCGCCGACAUCAGCCCCAACAUGCUCUGUGCCGGCUACUUCGACUGCAAGUCCGACGCCUGCCAGGAUGCAGACAUGUACAACGGGAAAGCGAUGGGAGACACCUGGAGAGAAGACGGCUGUCCACAAACCAGGGCCAGAGGCCUGGAGCAGGUGCCCCCUGCUGGCCUCCAAGAGAGCCAAGCCUGCUGCCCCCUGGGUUUUGGACUUCUGGCUUCCAGAACUGUGAGGUGAUAAGUUUCUCUUGUCGAAGGCACCCAAUCUGUGGUAGUUUAUUAUGGUCCCCGUAGCAAACAAAUACCCUCAGGUUGGCUGCGUCCUGGGACUGAAGGUCAGCACUGCUCUCAAGAUGUAAAUGACUUUCUCCUUCUGAGGCUCCAGGGUCCACUCCCGCCAUUGCCAGCAUUCUAGAACUGGUGUGGCCCCUCCACCUUAACCAGCCCCGGGCUCCCGAGUUUCUGACUGUGAUUGUCCACAUUUUAACCACAGCUUUGUAUAUAAAAACCCUCCUUGAACUGUUCCACUGUGUGUGCUCGCCUAUUGGGACCCUGAC